AGCCCGACUUCCAUCUGUAGUCCCUGUUGACCGACCCGGACUCGGUUGGCUGGGCUCAACUUCACUGUUUCUCCUGAAGAGUCGAGACGAUGGCUUGACAGCUCCAUUUACCCCAAAAUAAAUGAAAAGCAACCAAAAAUGCUGAUCGCAAGGCUUCGAAACUUGACGACAAGAUUUCCAUUCUCCUCUUCCUCUUCUUUGUUGAAACAUCGCCUCUUUUCUCAUUCCUCUCCAUCACCAACCGAUGUCGUUUCAGGUUCUGCCGACGUUGCUGCAGAAGAGGAUCUGCUCUACUCUGAUGCAUCUAUUUCUUCAGCCGUUAAGCCGGCUACAAUACCCAUUCUCCUUCAGCCACGUGUAGUCGUUUACGAUGGCGUCUGCCAUCUCUGCCACCGAGGGGUAAAAUGGGUGAUUGAAGCAGACAAAUAUAGAAAGAUCAAGUUUUGUUGCCUCCAAUCUAAGGCUGCUGAGCCAUACUUGAGACUGUGUGGUCUUGAACGAGAGGAUGUUCUUCGUCGUUUUCUUUUUAUUGAAGGCCCCGAAUUAUACCACCAAGCAUCCACUGCUGCACUGAGAGUACUUUCAUAUUUGCCUCUGCCAUACUCUGCUUUAAGCGCACUCUUGAUAAUUCCAACUCCCCUCAGAGAUGCUGUUUACGACUAUGUUGCGAAACGACGAUACGAUUGGUUUGGGAAGGCUGAUAAUUGCUUGGUUUUGAAAGAUAAAGACUUGCUUGAGCGAUUCAUAGACAGGGAUGAGAUGAUAGAUAGGAGUUGAUCAUAUAUGUAAACAGCAACUUGGUUAUAGAUGAUUGAGCAAUGCUAUAUGUUCUACAGCCUUUUGGUGCAGAUAUGCAGUUGGUUAAAUGAUAUCACUCUCGCCAAUUAUAUAUCUGUGCUAACUAGGAAUAGACAAUAUAUACAAAAAACUCUUGUCUAUAAGAUUUGGUUGGUAAAAGCAUUUUGUUAUCAACUGGAAAUCAUAGUAAGCUUGGUUGAAA